AUGCCCGGCCCGGCCGCGGGCAGCAGGGCCCGGGUCUACGCCGAGGUGAACAGCCUGAGGAGCCGCGACUACUGGGACUACGAGGCUCACGUCCCGAGCUGGGGUAAUCAAGAUGAUUACCAGCUGGUCCGGAAACUUGGUCGGGGGAAGUAUAGUGAAGUGUUUGAGGCCAUCAACAUCACCAACAAUGAGAGAGUGGUGGUCAAAAUCCUCAAGCCAGUGAAGAAAAAGAAGAUAAAACGAGAGGUUAAGAUUCUGGAGAACCUUCGUGGUGGAACAAAUAUCAUUAAGCUGAUUGACACCGUGAAGGACCCUGUGUCAAAGACACCAGCUUUGGUAUUUGAAUAUAUCAAUAAUACAGAUUUUAAGCAACUUUACCAGAUCCUGACAGACUUUGAUAUCCGGUUUUAUAUGUAUGAACUACUUAAAGCCCUGGAUUACUGCCACAGCAAGGGAAUCAUGCACAGGGACGUGAAACCUCACAAUGUCAUGAUAGAUCACCAACAGAAAAAGCUGCGACUGAUAGACUGGGGCCUGGCCGAGUUCUACCAUCCCGCUCAGGAGUACAACGUCCGCGUGGCCUCCAGGUACUUCAAGGGCCCGGAGCUCCUCGUGGACUACCAGAUGUAUGAUUAUAGCUUGGACAUGUGGAGUUUGGGCUGUAUGUUAGCGAGCAUGAUCUUUCGGAAGGAACCCUUCUUCCACGGACAGGACAACUAUGACCAGCUUGUUCGCAUUGCCAAGGUCCUGGGUACCGAUGAGCUGUACGGGUAUCUGAAGAAGUAUCACAUAGACCUAGACCCGCACUUCAACGAUAUCCUGGGACAACAUUCACGGAAACGCUGGGAAAACUUUAUACAUAGUGAGAACAGACACCUCGUCAGCCCCGAGGCCCUAGACCUUCUGGACAAGCUUCUGCGAUACGACCAUCAGCAGAGACUGACUGCCAAAGAGGCCAUGGAGCACCCGUACUUCUACCCCGUGGUGAAGGAGCAGUCCCAGCCCAGCGCGGACAACACUGUACUUUCCAGUGGUCUCACGGCGGCCCGAUGA